AUGUCCACACCCACCAAAACCAUCGCCCUGAUCUCAGGCGCAAAUACAGGUAUCGGUGAAGCAACAGCGAGAAUCCUAGCUCAAGACCACGGCUUCCACGUGCUCAUCGGGUCACGGAACCUCGAAGCAGGGCAGAAAGUGGCCGAUUCCAUCACGUCGCAAGGACACUCUGCGUCGGCGAUCCAGCUGGACAUCACCUCGGACGCCUCCAUCGCCGCGGCAGUCCGGCAGAUCGAGCAGGAGCACGGCGGGGUUCUCGACGUGCUGAUCAACAACGCAGGCAUCCUGAUCGACUAUCUGCUGCAUGGCCGCACGGAACCGUCGUCGUCGUCCGACAAGGACGGAAAAAAAGAAGAAGACUACCCCAGCACGCGAGAAAUCUUCACGCGCACAAUGCUGACCAACGUCGUCGGCACGGCUUGUCUGACGGACGCGUGCGUGCCGCUGUUGCGCAGGUCAACGCACCCGCGCGUCAUCUUCGUCUCGUCGAUCAUGGGGUCCAUCAAGGAGGCCACGGUCAAGUCGAACAUGUGGUACCCGAUCGACUACAAGGCGUACGACACCAGCAAGGCCGGCGUCAACAUGUUGACCGUGCAGUAUGCGAGGAUCCUAGAGGACGUCGGUGCCUCGGUCAACGCCGUGUGUCCCGGCCUGGUCCGCAGCCAGUUGACCAGGUACUCAAUGGGGGACCCUCCCGAGGUGGGAGCGAGGAGGAUCGUCGAGUUGGCGAUUGCAGAAAAGGGCGGGCCGACUGCUACUUUCACCAACAUCCAUGGUCCCAUUGCGUGGUAA